UAACCCUUUUUUUUUUUUUUUUUCUUUUUCUGUUGAAAGCUAAAGUUAUGGCAGAGACCUCGAGGUCACAAGUUACAAUCACAUUAGGCCGCAGCGGGCAGGUGGUGAAAAGAGCAGGAGCUGUAUUGGACAGAGAGUUUUCCGAUCCAGUUCCAGCUGUUGGGAGUAAACGACCAGUUAGAGAUAGACUAGGAAGUAGUGCGGAUGUUCAACUUGACAAUAAACGGCUGCGUGGAGAUAAUGGUAGAUUGACUUCACAGAGUAGUAAUUUCCUCAAUGAUUUUCAUCUUAGUAAAGACGACCUUCGAUUCAAAAUCAUGAAACGGACACAAACCAACGGUCAACACAACACCGUUGACCUUCGUGACAUGUUAUCAAGGCGGGCCCGUUCUUCAACAACCAACUCUAGCUCACACGAAAGUCAAAGUCAAAGUCAAAGGGUGUCUGACUCAAGAGAUGAUAGAAGACGUAUUCCUAUGCCUAUCCCUGAUCCAAGGGAGAAGACACUACUACAUAUGGAUGAGAGGCAACGGGUCCCACAAACAAGAGAUGAUAGACAAGGAAUAAUACCAAAGAUUAAUGGUGGAAAUGGGAUGACAGGGCAAUAUACUUCCAUGAGAAGUUCAGAAGCUCCAUCAUCCCAAAUGGGCUUUUUGGGAAAUUCUUAUUCUCCAUGGAGUUUGGAUCAUAUUAGGCGCAAAUCACCAGAAAGGGUUUUGAAUUCUACAAGGGGUUUAUCUCCUCCAUCAACAAGAAGGAUUGAAGAGCCUCAAAGAAGAAUCAUAACAAGGGAAUAUGAAAACCCUAGAAUUGAAAACCCUAGAACAAUGGUAUACUCAAGUAGGGAUAAUGGUGAAAUUUCAAGGCCUUUGGGACCUUUUCUCACAAAACCGCCUCUUUCUGGUGGGCCCGUGAAAUCUUUGCCACCGCCCUCAUUGCCACCUGGCAGUAAUCUUCAACGAAGUCAAUAUCCAGUUCAAGAACAUGUUACUGUAGAGGCUUUUUUGCGCUCAUUGGGAUUGGAAAAAUAUGUAAUUUCAUUCAAGGUUGAGGAGGUUGAUAUGGCUGCAUUGAGUCAAAUGGGAGAUCAUGAUCUCAAAGAGUUGGGAAUACCUAUGGGACCUAGAAAAAAGAUUCUUCUGGCACUCAUUGCACGCACAAGGAGGCAAGCACGAUGAGUGAGUGUAGUGUUAUAAUGCAACAAACACACUGUUUGCUGCAAAUUCUCAUUUUGUGAAGCCAAGGGUCAAAAUAGUCAUUUCAUUUGUUGUCUUAUUGUCCAAAUGGAUUUGUGCUGAAAAUGUUAGAAAACAGGAAGUUAUUUGCAUGGAAGGACUCCUUCACAACUUGUACUUUUCUUUCACAUUCAGGGUGUUUUGACACUUGUACAUUUCUUUAAGAAAUGAAUGCUUCCUGAUGAUACCCUUUUUGGUCUUUUUGCUCCAAAGUCUUUCAUUUUC